UUGACUCAUUUAGACAACCUUUCUUUCAGAAAAUCUCCCUCCUCUCUCACACUCCUCUUUCAUUCUUAACUUUUUCUCUCUCUCUCAAAUGGAAGAAUCAGUUGAACAAAGAGUUGCGAUUCUUGAAAAGGAGUCUGCUAAUCACUCUGUGAUGAUGGCGACUUUUCUACAGGAUUUUGAUGCAGCAACAAACAGCAUAAAAGAGGAGAUUAAGAUGCUCAAAUAUUUGUUUCCAAAGGAGGCAGGUGUUUCUGGUGAAAAAAUUUCGAUUCCCAUUCCCAACUGUGACAUCUAUUUGAUUUCUAACUUCCGUGACAGUUCGAAUACCCAUUUCAAGGGGUAUUAUGGUCGAGUUAAGUUAAACUUCAUCUCCUCUGAAGCUGCGAUGAGGUUGCAGUUGCAGCCACAAGUUGUUGAGCUCCAGUCACCCAUCGAACUUGAUUUGAAGAUAGGUAAGUUGCCUAUAAAAAAUGUGUGCACCAAUGUCGGCAUUCGUGUGGGUGCGAGUCAGAAAGUCGUGAGAGCUGAUUUCCACGUUAUCCCUAUGACGUGCGAUUUCAUUCUUGGUGAUGCCUUCCUUGAAGUGGUUAAGGUAGAUAGACAUGGUACUUGGAGCGUUGAUUUUCAUUAUGAAGGAGAGCGCAACGCCUUAACUUUCGUUUCCAACAACACAACCUUUGAGAGUGUUCUCAUACAGAAAAACUUAGGUAAUAUCACUAGGUUCUUUUGCUUGUUGAGUUAAUGCUAGUCUUACAUUUUGUUUGUGAUCGAUAUCAUGAUCUGUAUGAGUAUGAUACUGAGAUCAAUGAGUAUCGACAAGGUGCAGCAUGGGACAUUGUUGAUAAUCCCAUGUAUUGCUUCCAUCCAACGUUAGCUUCUGUCCAUUAGAUGCCCUUCGAGAAUGUAGAGACUGAUGAUCUGUUGUACAUUUAGUUUUUGUGAUGUCCUAAAUUAGACUUAAGGGCAGGAUUAGUUUUUUUUCUCCUAUUUCUUUCAUAUAUAAUGUCUCU